UGCCUUCCUCUAGAAGGGAGACGGAGUGAGGGGAGGAGAGGAAGAAGAAUGCGGCUGGUGCUCGAGCGGGAGGAGCACUGCUGAGAGAAUCGGUUGGGGGCAGGAGGCGAAAUCGGCGAUUGGGCUCAUGAGUGGCGCUGUUGGGGGCUGGGGAUUGAAUGCGGAGUGAGCCAUGAGUUCGACGGGGAGUUUUUGGAGUGCGACGUACAGUAGUUUGUGCUCUCAACUGGCAACGAGCGCUUGUUGUGCUUCUUGCUCGAACCAAGGACCGUAUCAUCGACAUUGCGGAUGCUCUCUGCACGCUGGAUUGUGGAAGUUCGAAGGCCCAUCUUCGCCCAAAUGCCAGGUGAAGAUCUCGAGCAAGAAAUCUCGCAGCGGGAUGUUCCGAUCGAUUUCUGUACAGAAUCUGGGCGAUAAGAGUUUGUCUGCCUCGUGUAGUCCGAGUUCUAGCGGCGAGAUACAUUCGCCGUUCGAUGAGUCCAGCUUUGAAACCCGCGAGAAGCUGGCCGACGAGGAGUGCAACGCAUCGACUGAUGAUGAAACGAGUCUUACGGUAACCUUAAUGGAGGAAUUGGCUACCCUGAUUCAAGUAGUGAAAGACGGAGAGGUGGGUCUUGAAGAAAUGCACGGUGAUGGGAAUGACGGCUUUCGGGGAGGGGAUUCAAAACGAAUUCUGGCCCGAUCCCGCAUGGCCCGCUCCGUGCCUGAUCUGUGCGCAUACGCAGGACCAGAUUCCAAAGGUCCUACUGUGGCUGCCGCGCUGAAGUUUGAAUCACCGGGUCUUACUCGUCCUCAGUUGGAAUGACUGGGUUCUCCAGAUGCAUCCCCCAUCCCCAAAAGCGGGCAAACUGAAAUCCAAUUUUUAUGUGGAGCGACAUUCGCGGAUCGAUGAUUUACAGCAGUUGAUCACACCACAAGCGUUGUGAGGAAAUCGUACCCGUGAUUUACCAACGUGGAACGAAUGAAAUUCAUUGAUGUGAAAUAUAGACGAAAAGUAUUCUUGGUGCGAGGACAGAAAAUUUUGACUGAAAUGAUGACGGUUAUCAGCCAGCUUUUAGAUGCAGCAUGCUCUGCUUACGCCAUGAACGACGAUUUUGGAGGUGGAAAUCGCGCAGGUUUUGCCUUGUUAGCUUAAGCCAAGAGCAGAAUAAUUUGAUGUCCGACUCGUCGUCCGACGUCUCCACUAGCUGCCCUUGUUUAGUCAACAUGUUUCUAGCAUUGCGGUCCUUGAGCGUUCAUGCGAUCAGUUUGUGAGAUUGUGUAGAUUUGUAUAUAUGCCGAAGGCGAUUUAGUUUUCUUGGGAGCAUUCCGGUCUUGAAAGAUUGACUCUUCGAUUCAGAAUACAUGUAACAAUUGUUCCAAAUACCAGAAGAAAUGGCCACAAUCGUUCAGUGUGA